CGAUCAGCGAUCUUCUAUCAGGAAGACAAAUGCCACUACUCUACACAUAUCGUCGGGAGAGUUUGCUACUCCUGGCUCUUCAACCAAAAGUCGCAUUCCUCUUACGCGAGUCAUUCCGGUGCACUCUUUCUUUUCAAGUCGGCCCAAACAACCUCCACGGAAGUCAACGGACACGGCUCAAGAUUCAUAAUGUCCAGACGAAAGCUGGCAAGAUCAGACAAUCAAUCUAUGGGCAAUGGAAUCGAAUCGCAUGACGUCGAAGAGGAAAUCUUCCAGAAACCAGACUGUCAAUCCGGAAAACAGCCGUGCUUCCCAUUGGACUCGGGCUCUGCCGUGUUCGUGGGAUAUCGCCGAUUGAGGGCUUAGCGCCGGGGGAAUUGAGCUAUACCCGGCGCCUGUCAAUACCCUGGUUGCCUGCACAUCUGCACUUUCUCUGCAUCGUUUCAAUAUCCAUGGCUCUCAUCGGGAUGUUUGCCACGUCCCCCCGCUAUCCAGUGAUUGGACCGGUUUGUAUGCCGUGAGGCUGUCAAGCCAUCCGACGCAACAGACGAUGGAUAUAUAAACCUCAUCGAUGCCCGCUCAAGUAGGGCCAUCAUCACAGCACAAACAAGAUCCGCAAGCAACUCGAACGCCUACCUACCAACAAACACAAUAGUCUACUUUAGAAACCGAAUAAUCAUUUCUACAAGAACAUCAACAUGACUUCCACAACCCUCCCAACCAAAAUCCGCGCCCUCCUCCAAGCGGACCCCAAAUCAACAACCAUAACCCUCGUCGAGCGCGACGUCCCGGUUCCUGACCACACCAAAGCCGAACACUUGAUCAAAGUGCACUCCGCCUCUCCCUGCGCCGGCGAACUCCUCUGGCCGCUUAUGGUCGACCUCCCCGGCAAAGAGAUAAUCACCUGCGACGAUGUCGCGGGAACCGUGAUCUCCGCGCCUGCCGACUCCCCCUUCCAGCCGGGGGCGGAGGUCUACGCGCGCACAUCCUACUGGAGACCCGGGUGUGCGCGCGACUAUACGAUCGCGACGACUGACGAACUUGCGCGCCGCGCGAAGAACCUCUCUUGGACUGAGAGUGCGGCGACGCCGCUUUCGGCUAUUACGGCGUGGCAGGCUUUCUUUAUCCAGUCAGGAAUCGGGGGCUUUGGAGAUGAGAGCUGGAAGGGGAAGAGAAUCUUUGUUACGGCUGCCAGUGGAGGUGUAGGUGUGUGGCUGGUGCAGAUUGGGAAGCUACUUGGUGCGGAGGUUAUUGGAACCUGUGGGCCCAGGAACGUUGAGUUUGUCAAGAGCUUGGGUGCCAGCGAGGUCCUCGACUACAGGACUACGGACUUCAAGGCCUGGGCCAGCGACGAGAAGAACAAAGUCGACCUUGUCAUCGACUGUAUUGGCGGGAAAUCCCUCGAGGACGCAUGGUGGACAAUCAAGGACAACGCAACAAUCAUCGGAAUCGUGCAGCCCCCCGAGCAGAAGAAGCCCGAGGGCUUGGAGCUUCCCAAUGCUACGGCCAGGUUCUUUAUUAUGUCUCCCUCCGGCAAGGAUCUAGAGGAGAUCACGAAGCUUGUUGAAGCAGGCAAGGCUUGGCCCGUCGUCGACAGUGUUUGGUCACUCGAACAGUUUGAGCAUGCAUAUGCACGGCUGGAAAGCGGACACGCUAGGGGCAAGGUAGUCUUUGAUCUGACCCUUAAUGUGCGAAAGUAGGGUUUGGUUGGUUUCAUCUUGUUUGAAAGACGAUUGUGAUGAUAUAGUAUAAUACUUCUUUGUUGUCAUGUCAUAAUUUACGAAAAUAGAACUAUCUCUUUGAACCUUUGUACUCGAAUCCAAAAC